GAGAGGACGUCAGGUUGAGGAAACGAAACCAAAGCCACCCGACGUGGAAGCAGUUCUCUCUUACGGUAGAAAAAUAACACGCAUUAAAUAGUCUGACAGACAGAAAUAACCACAAGGAUGGCCUCUGCUAACGCUUCCUGGUCUGAAGAGAACUUUUCAUGUUCCAUCUGUCUGGAUGUGUUCAGCAGUCCAGUUUCCACACCAUGUGGACACAACUUCUGCAGAACCUGUAUGACUAAGUUCUGGGAUGAACAAGUCCGGUACAAAUGUCCUGUAUGCAACGAGCAUUUCCAAACUAGACCUGAUCUACGUGUCAAUAUCCUCUUAUCAGAGCUGGCCUCUCAGUUUAGAACGAAUGUAGAUGUAAAAGAGCAGCCUUGUGUUGAACCAGCAGAAGUUCCCUGUGACGUCUGUACUGGGACCCAGCUGAAGGCCGUGAAGUCCUGCCUAGUGUGUUUUGUCUCCUUCUGCCAAACCCACCUAGAGCCACAUCAGAGAAUCGCAGUCCUGAAGAAACAUCGGCUGGUCGAGCCAAUGGACCGUCUGGAAGACAGGAUGUGUAAGAAACACGACAGACUUCUGGAGCUCUUUUGCAAAACUGAAGAGGUGUGUGUGUGUCAGUCCUGCACAGAGGGUGACCACAGGUCCCAUCCUGUUGUACCUCUAAAGGAGGAAUAUGAAGUGAAGAUGGCCCAGCUGGGGAAGAUGGAGGCUGAAGUUCAGCAGAUGAUCCAGGAGAGACAAAAUAAUAUCCAGGAGAUUAAAGACACAGUUAAACGCAGCAAAGCAGAUGCAGACAGAGAGAUAGCUGAUGGUGUGCAGGUCCUCACUGCUCUGAUGCGCUGCAUUGAAAAGUGCCAGGAUGAUCUCAACCAAAUGAUUAAAGAGAGACUGAAAUCCACAGAGAAACAAGCUGAAGACCUCAUCAAAGACCUGGAGCAGGAAAUAGAAGAUCUGACCAAUAGAGGCUCAGAGGUGAAGCAGCUCUCACACACUAAAGACCACCUCCACUUCCUCCAGGCCUUCAGAUCCCUGAAGGAUCCUCCACCCAACAGGGACCGGACGACGUUGGAGGUCCGUCCUUCGUCAUACGUAGGGACCUUGAGGAGAUCCCCGGAUCAGCUGGAGGAAACACUGAACAUGGAGAUGAAGAAGCUACGUGAUGAUGUUGAACUGAAGAGGGUCCAGCAGUAUGAAGUAGAUGUGACUCUGGAUCCUGAUACAGCUCAUCCCAGGCUCAUCCUGUCUGAGGAUGGGAAACAAGUCCAUGUUGGAGGUGUAGUGAAGAAACUCCCAGACAACCCUAAGAGAUUUACAUAUUAUGCAUGUCUUACGAGGCAGAGCUUCUCCUCAGGGAGAUUUUACUUUGAGGUCCAGGUUAAAGACAAGACUAUAUGGCGUUUAGGAGUGGCCUGAGAGACCAUUGACAGAAAAGAUAUCGACCCCUGAGAUGGGUAACUGGGUUAUUAUAUUAAAAAAGGAUGAGUUGAUAUUUAACAAUUAUUCACCGGAGGCAAAGGGAAUAGUGGGGAAUAGCCCCAGAGACA